GGGGUCGGGGAGCCGAGGAGCGGGCACCGGGCAUUUCGCUCCGACCCCCCCUCCCCCGGCGGGCGGGAGAUGGAGGCCUCGGGCCUCACCCUGAAGCUGCUCCUGGUCGGGGACAGCGCCGUGGGGAAGUCCAGCCUCCUGCUGAGGUUCACCGAUGGCUCGUUUGAGCCGUGCCUGAAGCCCACCAUCGGUGUUGAUUUCAAAGUGAAGAAAAUGGUGGUAGAUGGCCACGCAGUGCAGCUUGCAAUAUGGGACACAGCAGGACAAGAGCGCUUUAGAACACUGGCUCCCAGUUAUUACCGAGGAGCUCAAGGGGUUGUUUUAGUGUAUGAUGUUACGAGAAAAGACACUUUCACAGGACUAGAGAGCUGGCUGAAUGAGCUGGAAAUGUAUACCAACAAAAGCAACACUGUGAAGAUGUUAGUUGGCAAUAAAACCGAUAAGCCUGAUCGUGAAGUAGAGAGAAGAGAGGGACUCCAGUUUGCUAGAAAACGCUCGCUGCUUUUUAUAGAGACAAGUGCCAAAACAGAGGAUGGAGUGCAACAUGCCUUUGAGGAACUAGUCAUAAAGAUCCUGCAGACGCCAGGUCUUUGGGAUAAAAGCACAAAGAAGCAGGGAUUCCAGCUAAUGGAAUCUUCGCAGCAGGAGAAAAGCUUAUGUAGUGCAUACUGUCCACUUUCUUAAAUCUACAGGUGCCUUCUGUCCAAGCUGAGUAGACUUCUGAAAAAUAGACUAAGAAAUUUCAGGCACUAAUCAGUGCCUUGUUUGACUUGCCACCAAUUGUGUAGAUCUGAAAACCAAGCUAAUUAGCAAAAUACUCUUUUAUUCCAUAACAAUUUACUUCUCAGUUAUGUGCCUCUGAUAUCUCCAGAUACCAGUAUUAUGCUCUUUUGAUAACUCAGAUUUUUCACUAGUAAAUCAUAGUGCUUCUUAUAUUAUGCUUUCGCAGUACAGCAUCCAACAUGUUCCUUUCCUGAAAUUCCUGCUUUAAAAUAGUAUUCCAUUUUGGAAUAUUAGUGAAAAGCUUAUCUUGCCCAGAAUGACAAUGGAGAUUCUCAGGCAGCCAGCUUCACUUUAAUGUAGUUACCAGCCAGGAGUCAACCUGAGCAGUGACAUUGCUUUUCUAUUUCGCAUGGUUUUAAGCACUGGAAAUUGCUACAUGUCCCCAGAUAACAAGCUGAGUUGCUACUAAACUUUAGGGUUAUAGUAUUCACUAUAAUAUUCAGUAACAUUCUGUAGGAAGAAAAUGCUUCCUCUGUGGUACACUGUAGGUUAUACCUUGCUGCUCUUAAAUACUUGCAUUUCAGAGUCAUCGUUUUGGGCCAGCUUACGGUGUGGGUCCUUCCUUUAGUUUUCUGCAAACCCACGUUUCUGCCCUCAUUCAGCAACUGCAGGGCUAAAACUAUGUUUAAUAUAAAAUGUGCUGGUGAUAGAUGAUUGUCCACUAGCAAGAGUCUGUUGCUACCAGACAGCUGCCUCUUCUUACCUUCCCUCCACCCCCAUUGGACUCGCUGCCUUGUCUUGAAAACAAGCCUUGAGUCAUGGAAGAUGCUAAGCUAGAUUCUGUCUGCUCUUGGUAGCAAUGCCUCUAGGAGACUUUUGGUUGGGUGCUUGCAACACUGUAAAAGUAACCAAAAAUGUAGGGACGGCAUUAAAAGCAUUUAAAAUGUAAGCAGCUUGUAAACAAGUGACAAAUCCAAAGACACUCUUAUUACAGGACACUCAAAUUGGAACAGAAGAGGUCAUCCUUUCUUAGGAUGGGUAUCUUGAUUCAUUGCUAUCUAGUUAAGGUAUAUUAUUAGUAAGAGUGUUUUCCUGAGUAACACCAGUGAUUUUGUCAUGAGUGCUGCUGUACCACUGUUGAAGACAAGGCGUAUAAACUUCAGCUUUGCUUUGGAACUAUUCUAGCUUGUUCUCUAUACAGUGCUCUUCGGAGCUGUUUUCAUCUGUGAAAAGUAUGUGAGUGUAAUUCUCACUAGAGUAAGUGAAUAAAAUGCCUGUCUUGGGUUUUUA